CCAGUGGGCGGAGCCCGGGCGGCGGUUAUAAGGAGGCGCGAGGCGGGCGGGGCCAGGACCUUUUCCACAGAAUGUCUGCGAGUCAAGAGAGCCGCCCCCGAGACAAUGGACCCGACGGCAUGGACCCCGACGGCGUCAUCGAGAGCAACUGGAAUGAGAUUGUCGACAGCUUUGACGAUAUGAACCUUUCGGAGUCCCUCCUGCGAGGAAUCUACGCUUACGGUUUUGAGAAACCCUCUGCUAUCCAACAGCGAGCCAUUCUCCCUUGUAUCAAGGGAUAUGAUGUGAUCGCCCAAGCCCAGUCUGGCACUGGGAAGACAGCCACCUUUGCCAUCUCCAUCUUGCAGCAGAUUGAGCUGGAUCUGAAAGCUACCCAGGCCCUGGUGCUGGCCCCAACUAGGGAGCUGGCUCAGCAGAUCCAGAAGGUGGUCAUGGCUCUCGGGGACUACAUGGGGGCCUCCUGCCACGCCUGCAUAGGAGGGACAAACGUCCGAGCUGAAGUUCAGAAGCUGCAGAUGGAAGCUCCCCAUAUCAUUGUGGGGACCCCAGGGCGUGUGUUCGACAUGCUGAACAGAAGAUACUUGUCACCCAAGUUCAUCAAGAUGUUUGUGCUGGAUGAAGCCGAUGAGAUGUUGAGCCGAGGCUUCAAGGACCAGAUUUACGAUAUAUUCCAGAAGCUGAGCGGCAACACGCAGGUGGUCCUCUUGUCUGCCACCAUGCCGAUGGAUGUGCUGGAGGUGACGAAGAAGUUCAUGAGGGACCCCAUCCGGAUCCUAGUGAAGAAGGAAGAGCUGACUUUGGAGGGGAUUCGGCAAUUCUACAUUAAUGUGGAGAGGGAGGAAUGGAAGCUGGACACCCUUUGUGACCUCUACGAGACCUUGACCAUCACCCAGGCGGUCAUCUUCAUCAACACCCGGAGGAAGGUGGACUGGCUGACGGAGAAGAUGCACGCCCGGGACUUCACCGUUUCAGCCAUGCACGGGGACAUGGACCAGAAGGAGCGUGACGUCAUCAUGAGAGAGUUCCGCUCCGGAUCCAGCCGGGUCCUCAUCACCACAGACUUGCUGGCCCGAGGCAUCGACGUCCAGCAAGUCUCCCUGGUCAUCAACUACGAUCUCCCCACCAACCGCGAGAACUACAUUCACCGGAUCGGUCGAGGCGGACGCUUUGGCAGGAAAGGCGUGGCCAUCAACAUGGUGACGGAAGAGGACAAGCGCACCCUGCGCGACAUCGAGACUUUCUACAACACCUCCAUCGAGGAAAUGCCUCUCAACGUGGCCGACCUCAUCUGAGUGGCCUGGGGAGGGGGGCACUGUGCCACGACACCCCCCACCCCACCCGCUCCCUCCCCUCCCCUCCUCCCGUCCCAAAAAGUUAGAGGCACAGUAUUCUCCCAUUCCUGCCUUUCGUUUGUCUUUUGUUUUUCUUUUCUAUUUUUGAGGGUUUGUUUUUUUUUUUUUUAAUUAUUUUGGCCUUUUGAAUAAAUGUCACUUUUGGGGGGGUUUUUUUGGAGGCAGAAGGAAAAUCUUUUAGUGUUUACUCCGGGCGCUCGGCUGUGUCUUGUUCAACCUCUCCUCUCCCCCCCCCCUCCCCCCCCCAGCCUUUGUGUCCUCGUUUUGUAGCCCCCUCCGCCCCCCGUCUUUUCCCCAUAAUUGCAAAACAGGGGUAUCCUUUCUUCUUUUUUUGUGGGGAGGGGGACCGACGAAGAGUUUCACAGGAGCUAGACAUUUCUGGCUCGCUACUGCUUUUUCCUACCCUGCCUUUCCUAGGAAAUUAAAAAAAAAGCAAAACUUAAUUUUGUAGGGGUUUUUUUUAAAUUUACGAACCUUUCGACAAAAUCAUGGUGCUAAAACGGAGAAACAACACAAAAAAAAAAAGCUUGAGAAUCAAAAACCUACCUCACCAGGUCAGGGUUUUUUUUCUCCCAGUCUAAAAUUCAAAACAAAAAACAAAAUUGCCAAGAUAUGUGGUUUUUCCCCCAUCUCUCUCUCUCUCUCUCUCUCUCUUUCAGAAUGAGACCUUCCCCCAUCACAUUUUUUAAAAUAAAAUCGAAAAAAAACUUUUCAUACAGCAAAAAAAAAAUAAAUAAGAAAUCUGUGUUGCCACCUUUACCUUUCUUUUGUAUAGCUAUUAUUUAUUCAAAAGGAGACUUACAGUGACCAAAAUAAACGUGAUCUUGAGAAAAG